CUGUCUAUCUGUCUGUUUGUUUGUCCGCUCAUCUGUCUGACAGUCUGUCUCUACUUGUCUGUUUCUGUGUUUGGAUUUUAUUUAUUCCUGUAGUUUUUGGAGUUUGCUAGUCGAAGGAACAACGCUGUUGACAAGGUGUACAGGAGAUUAUCUCAACACCUGAUGGAUAUGUUUCCCCACUUCUUUCCUUCAUUGACUCGAGGUGAUUUUCUUUGGGAACUAUCAGUGCUGUGGAGUCGUACUCACAGAGUUGAAGUGAAGGAUCAUGAGGGAAAUUGGCAACACGUGCCUUGUCUCGUUCCUGUUGCCGACAUGUUUAAUAUGGCUGCAAAUGAAGACGAUGUCAACAUAGAAUGCAAGACAAAUGAUGAAUCGAUGCACUUCGAGUGCUACACUACAAAACCUGUAUCCAACAAUUCACAGCUUCUUGUGAUGUAUGCAACCGAUCCAAUGCAGAGGCACAACGGUCGGCUUUUCAUGGACUACGGGUUUAUGUUGGAAGACAAUCCGUAUGACAGUGUGACUGUGGAGAUGCCAAAGAUUGAUGCCGAUGAUAAAGAUGCCAAGUUAAGGGCAACGGUGUUGGCAUGGAUUCCAGCUGUGGCAUCGUCGGUGUUGCACAUGCCAAGGUUGAAUAGUUCAAGUGUGAUGACUUCAGAAUUGAUGACUGUCAUGCGAUGUUUGACAAUGAGAAAAGAUCAAAGUCUCCAAGAAAUCAUCAACGCUCGUUCCAUAGAGCCAUCAUCUCAUCAAGACAUCAAGAGAAUCAACCAGCUACCACCACCAGACGAGCUGCAAGCUCUUACCAAAGCAAUAUUUCACCUUCACACAGCACUCAACAAAUACACAACAACAGUUGAAGAAGACGAAGAAAUCCUUCUGGAAAAGAGUGAGGCCCUUACGUUAGUUGUACGUAAUAUUGUCAUCUUACAUAAAGAAGAGAAGAGAAUAUUACAUCACAACUUGCAUCAUUUAGAACAACAUAUGAUACGAAUCAAACGCUGGUUUAGUAAUGAAUUAUGAAGUCAUAUUUUUGUAUUUAUUUUUAAGGUAAUUAAAUAGUUUUAAUAUUGAAGUAAUUUAUGAUACAUACAGGGUGUGUCUAUAGCUGAUGGUUUGUGUAGACAUCUGAUUGAAAUGCUGAUAGUGGUUUUUUAAAAUGAUAGAAUAUUGAUGUAAUGGGUUUGGACAACUUAUGGG